AUGUUCUUCGUUCCCUCGAUCCUCCUUCUAUCAGCCGCCAUGGUGCAGGCACACAUGCGGCUUGACUACCCACCCAGCCUCAACGCCCCCAACAAUCCACACACUCAGGGGGAGGGCGAUCAGUAUCUUACCUUCCCCUACAACUGCUGCGGUCGCAAGGACCCUGAGCCCUGCCGCGGCUACCUUGAUCUUCUUGGUACUCCGGCUGGUGCAUCAGUAGCGAGCUGGCAAGCUGGCAGUACGCAGAGUUUUAACCUCACUGGUACUGGGACUCACUAUGGCGGCUCCUGCCAGGUCGGCUUCUCAACCGACGCCGGGAAGACCUUCCGCGUCGCGACAUCGUACGAGGGCAACUGUCCCCACCGCGCCGGCGCCCAGGACUUCGACUUCACUGUCCCCGCUGACUUGCCGAGCGGCGAGGCCGUCUUCGCAUGGACAUGGAUAAACCGUGAGCAGGAGUUCUACAUGAACUGCGCCGUCGUUUCCAUCGAGGGUGGCUCAUCCAGCGGAGGAGUAGGCGACUCAGUACCAUCACCGCCUCCCACUUCUACAUCCUCGCCCACUCCGCCGCAGGAAUCCGCUGUUGAUCUAGAGGGCUGCAGCUGCAGCUGCCCCUCCCCCGUCCCAGAAGCCUCCGACGCCUCCACCUACUCCGCCACAAAUUGCGCCUGCACCUGUCCGCGCCCCGCAUCCGCCCGCGCGCUGGUGCGCCACAAGCGCUCGCAUCAGCAUGCUCGCCACGACAACCACGAAACUCCCAGCUCUAGUAGCCCAAGCGGCUCAAGCAGCCCCAAGUCAACAGGCACUGCCAACGUAGCCUUCUCGGCCCGGCCAAAAAUGCUCAUCGCAGCGCUCGGCGGCGGCAUAGUCGUCGGCGGGCCUGGCAAUGGCUGCGAUACCCCGGCCACGAGCGCGGAGGUCAAAUAUCCGGAGCCUGGGCCGGAGGUCGUGGAGGGAGAUGGGGAGUAUCCGCUUGAGCUGCCGAGCGGGGAGUGUGCGGGGAGGGGGUUUGCUGUUGGGUAG